UACAGGAAAAGAGAGAAGAGCGUCAGUCUGAAUCUGAAUUGACAUCAGCUACAUUGUCUUCCUGUGUUAUACAUCUUGUGUUGUGUGUUGAGAGCAGAAAGGCAGGGGAAGAGAUGAGGAGCUGCUUUCCACAGGAACACUGAGGCUGCCUGCCUGGCUCUGCUGCCGGGGGAACCCAUCCAUGUACCUUCCCUUUGUCUCUCCAUAAUUGGCCACGGCAGGUUUUCACAGCCAGAGAGGAGGAAAGCGACGUGGAGAUCUAAAAGGAAAGGACGAAGGAGAGUGAAGAAAGGAAGAGUGAAGAGAAAAGAAGAGGAAGGGAGGGAGAGCCUCGUGACAAUGUUUUGAAGGGGAGACAAAGCAGAAAAGCAGGGACUGCUCGGCCAGAGGUUCAUAAAGCAGAGUGCUGGUUGGGAUUUGGAGUGUAUUUCUUCACAUUGUCAAUCUUUUUAUCCACAAGACUCACAGAAUCAAGACUGUUUGUUAGUGUUUGUCAUGCAGAGGGAACAGACAGGAAUUAGAUUUCUUUGUCUUGUUUUGGAGUCUAAAUCUGGGUCAAGAAGGAUGUUCGUAUCACAUUUUUUAGGGUAAAUCAUCACUGCUGACUGAAUAGUCAGUGUUCAAAUGAGCAGCUGGUUAUUUGUGUGAUGUCUUCUUGAGGAACUGAGAGUCAAUCAGGUCUGUUAACUCCAGGCCACAAUGAUUUAACUCACUGCCCAUAUACUCCUUCAACUAUCAGGGUCAAGUAGACUUAACCUGAAAAGUAUUGGACAUAAACGUCUCAACUUGUCCUUUUUAGUCUGAGACAAGAUCUCAGAAAAGUUGACUUUGUGAUAUCGGAGAGGUCAAGAACCCGAAGAUUUCCUGGGUUUUCCAUCCGAACAUCCACACAUUUGAUGCAUCCCGUCCAAUGGUGUAACAGGUGCCUGUGUGAUCUUGGAUUGCUGAACUCUGACCCCUAUUGCAAGAUGACAUCAGAAGAGCUCUUCCACUUGCCGCUCAAUGUCUACAUCAUCAUCCUGGGCAUCGGCCUCUUCAUACUCAUGCUCAGCCUCAUCUUCUGCUGCUACCUGUUCAGACUCAGACAAGGUGCAAGAGAACAGUAUGGCUACAAUGAGGUUGUUUUGAAAGGAGCGGGGAAGAAACUCAGCCUUCUUGGUCAAACAUGUGCAGUGUGUUUAGAAGAGUUUCGCAGCCGGGACGAGCUGGGAGUGUGUCCAUGCUCCCACGCUUUUCAUAAGAAGUGUCUGCUAAAAUGGUUAGAGAUCCGUAGCGUCUGUCCCAUGUGCAACAAGCCCAUUUGUCGCCUCCAGCCUGACCCCCCACAAGCUCAGGAGCGGCCACAGAGUCUCCUGGAGGUCUGAGGGGGGGG